AUGGUGACCGAGCUGACGGCCGCUGGGUAUGACUACACGGACAUCCUUCUUGCGGUACAGCAGGCGCCGGAAUGCAGACAGACGAGCGAUAAAGUUGACAUCGGUAGUGAAAUUUGGGCUAACUUCCCCGAAUACAUGGAACCCAACAGGCUUUUGCAGCUCUACGUCCCGCCGAUUCUCCUAAUUCUUGGUACCUUUGGUAAUGUUCUGUCUUUUGUCAUCAUGUCUAGGAACAUGUUUAAAGUAAGCACUUACUGCUACCUCGCCCUUCUCGCUAUAAUGGAUACCUUUGUGCUUUACAUCGGACUGCUGCGAAUGUGGAUUAGUAACUUUGCGUUGGAUAUACAGAUCAUAUCAAACUGUAUGUGUAAACUGGUGACGUUUUUUGGAUACGUCAGCAGCGUUACGUCCGUUUGGCUGAUAAUUGCCGUUACUAUUGAACGAUUUAUUGCAGUUAAGUUUCCAUUGAAGGCGCCAAGAAUAUGCAACGUCGUCAGGGCUAGGAUAGUUAUUCUUACAAUCACGUUGGCAACUUGUCUUCUGAAUUCACACAUUUUCUGGACAGUGGAGCUCCGUUCAAAUGACAUUAACGGAACAGUGUCGUCAAAAUGCGACGCCAGCGUCAAGCAUGUAAUAUUGAUUAAAGAAAUUUGGCCCUGGGUUGAUGCGGCAGUUUACUCGUUCGUUCCAUUCGUGAUAAUUUCAGUCCUUAACUCUAUGAUUGUACGUCGUGUUUUGGAAGCACGUCGCCAGCGGAACGAGCUUCAAAUGAUGCCUCUUACAAACAAAUAUUUGUCGGCUCGUAGCCGAUGUACAGUAAAACGGAGCAACGAAAGCAGUAAAAAACUUACUUGCAUGCUUUUGGCUGUCUCCUUUACUUUUCUUAUUACGACCCUCCCAAUGAAUAUCCUGAUGCUUGUAAAUGCUUUAUUAGGGGACGACAAAACAAGCGUUCAUUCUUACGAAUACAAACGGAAAUAUGCUAUCCUUACACUUGCUCGCACUGUCGUUGAGAUGUUAAUGUACAUCAACCACAGCAUGAACUUUUUCCUGUAUUGUGCAACAGGGAGGAAAUUUAGACAGCAAGUGAAACUGUUGCUUUGUUUAUGCUGUAAUGGUCGCAUUAAAGACUUCUUCACACAUGCAGCGCGACAGAACACAUCGACACAAAGUUCUAAGAUGUCAAGACUGGGUUCAGAUACGGUUAACAAGGAAACAGUCAUUGAGUGCGACAGGGCCAAAGUGCGAUCGAAACUUACUUGCGAAUCGCCCUAUUCAAAAAGACGAACAAGCAAUGUAUGA